GAGACCAUGUAUCAUAUUGUGUCUUCAUUACUAUACUUCGCAUCUGCCCUUUAUCUCCUCAUUUACCUUACCGAAAAAAAGAACUAUGUUGCGGAUCACGUAGCCAAGACGGCUGCGAGUGUUGUCCUGUUACACGGUACAUUAUCCUACCUCCUAGUGUGUUCUUCUAUUAAUCUACUGAGGGAACUGGUGGCCAGGAACGAAGGAUAUAAAAUAUAUGAGAGAGGCUACAACUCAAAAAUAUUUUCAGGGGCUUUGGGUCUCGUAAACACAGCACUUUAUAUUCUCUCUAGUAUCUACUCAGUGAGAACCUUCAGGCGAGGAUGAAGUGGAGAGAGACUUGGAUAAUGGAACUGCAGAAACAGUUAAUGUUUUUGGUUUCCUUUGGGAAUUCUUAAACUUGUAAUCACUUGUAGUGUUAUGUCAAAAUUCUACUUAAUUUUAAAAUACAUAAUGGGAUGAAAAUGUAAUUAUCAUUAUAUUUUCAUGUAGUAUGUCUGUCUUUUUUAUUUAAAAUGUUUUCCAGAUUUGACAGAUAUGGUGGAUGGAAGUUGGAUUACAUUUUUUCUUUCUUUCUUUUUUUUAUUCUCAAGGUGCUAUGCUACUUAAACAAAUGCUAAGAAGUAAAGUUAAUCUCAUUAAUUUACAAAUUACAUUUAGAAAUAUUGAAAAAGGAAUAUAUCCUAUUGAUGUCUUGAAGCAUUUUCUUGGUGCCUUACUUUGGUGUCUUGGUCACUUGAGCAAGUAGUGAUGUUUAUAUGCCCAAAGAGAAGUCCAGUGUUACAGAUACAUAAACGCAGUAGUGUUUGUAAGAUGAAAUGAGAAAGACAAAAAAUACAAUAAAAAGAUGCCCCAAUAUUUUUUUUCUGCCAUGAGAGAUUUUUGAAUGCAAACACAGUAACUUUGUAUUUCUUGUCUGUUCUUAAAGCAGUGCUUCACUCAGGAGUCAUGUGAGUGUUCUUGAAAUACUUAAUAUUCUGUAUCAAAAAGCAAUUUCGUUGCAUAAAGCCGAUGUUAGAUAUAGUAUCUGCUUAUGGUAUUAGUUAAGUAGAUGAGUGAUAUGCCCAUAGUUGUCAGUGAUUUUUCUUAUAGUCACUGUCUUCUUGUAGUAAAGUAGAGGCUUUAAGAUGUGCUGCUUAAUUACCAAGGAUAAGCACACUUUAUAAAUUUUAUAUUCCUACUGUAUGAACCUUUGCACCACUCAUUUAUGGUAAUAGAAAAUGAUUUUGUUGUAGUUAUUUGCAGAAGGAAUGGAUCAAAAUAAAGACGACAAAAUAAACAUAAAAUAUUAAAUAGAAUACAGAGUAAAAUUUUAAAUAAACUGGCUCAAAGGGUCAAAUAGUAGAUGCAAAACUGUUGAGAGAGUGAAUAAACAGGAAAUUGACGGCUAGGAUUUGGGAACAGAAUUUUAUGUGUGAUUAAGUUUUUAUAACAUAAGUACAAUGAAUUUUACCAUAUAAAGCGAUCUUAGAUUGUGAAGUAGAGUGUAAUUGUUAAUAUGACCUUGGAAGUGAGGUGCUAUCAUAUAAGGAGAUAAAUUUUGUAAAUGACUUCCAAAACAUGAAAAACAAAAAUAUAUCAAUUUUAGAAAUUAAUGCAAAUUACAAAUAUUGCAGAUCUUUUAUGCUGUUUUUUCUGGACAGACAAAGAAAUUUCACUAUGAUAUACGAUAAAGAACAUAUGAUUUGAAAUGUUAUUGUAUAUUGAGCUAUAAUAUUUGAUGUCUUAUUGGAAAUAAAAAAGAAGAAAAGAAAAGAAAAACAUUAUAUACAUAACCAUUCAAAGUUUACUUGUUUGAUGGAAUUGGGAAUGAAUGAUUUUCAAAUACUUCUUAUGGGGAUUACCUCCCUUUUCAUGAUUACCUGUUUUUUAUUCCAUAUCUGCUCUGUAUGCUUUAUACAUAUGUAUACUUUGAUGUGUGUUCAUAUCAUUUAUCUUAGUCUCAUUUAUUUAUACCAUACAUUUUUUGUUAUAUCUGUAAAAAAGAUGAAGGGAAAAUUUAGAGAAAUGGAAUUAAUUAUUUAGUGUUAAGGUAAAGUUACUUCUGAAUAGUUAAUUGACUUUUGCUUUUGGAAUCUUAUAGUUUAAGAAUGAACUUUUCCCAAAUAGUCAUGCAAUGUAUAACUCUUUGAUUAUUUAUAUUACAGAUGGUAUUUUCUGAUUAUUUGAGUGUGUUCAUCUUCUUUUUUAUAUACUAGAUGUAGCUGAAUUAAUAUUCAUACUGUACUUGAUACAGAAGAUCCAAAAAAUAAAUUUUUGUGGACUGUAA